GCGGGUGGUGGCGAGGGGUAUAAAGAUGUGGUAUCCAGCACAACAGUGUUACUGAAAUUGGCUUUCAAGCAGAGCACACUCCUCAAAAGCAGACUACAUCAUGGGUUAUACAUAUCUCAAAGAACGGGCGCCGCAGAGCACAAAGUCGACAGCUCCGUCCGUUGACGUCUCGGCCAUCGUCAAGGGGGUGAUCGACGACAUCCGAGAGAACGGCGACGCGGCUGUCCGCAAGUACUCGGAGAAGUUCGACAAAUGGUCGCCUACGUCUUAUCGAUUGUCCUCGCAGGAUAUCCAGGCGAUCAUGGCGGACGUCCCGGAGCAGACCAUUGCAGACAUCAAGGAGGUGCAGGCCAAUGUGCGGCGGUUCGCCGAGGCGCAGCGCAAGUCGAUCCAGGAUUUUGAGAUCGAGACGCAGCCGGGAGUGUUUCUAGGCCAGAAGAACAUCCCCAUCCAGACCGUUGGCGCAUACAUCCCCGGCGGCCGAUAUCCCCUGCUUGCGUCCGCACACAUGACAAUCCUGACGGCCAAGGUGGCCGGAGUCAAGCGAGUGAUCGGCUGCACGCCCCCGAUCAACGGCAAGAUCCCAAGCAGCACGGUGGCAGCCAUGCACCUCGCCGGCGCCGACGAGAUCUACAUCCUGGGUGGGGUGCAAGCGGUGGCCGCCAUGGCCAUUGGCACCGAGACCAUCCCCAAGGUGGACUUCCUCGCGGGGCCGGGCAACGCCUUCGUCGCCGAGGCCAAGCGCCAGCUGUUCGGCGAGAUCGGCAUCGACCUCUUCGCGGGGCCGACAGAGAUCCUGAUCGUAACCGACGAGACGGCGGAUCCGUUCACCGUGGCGACCGACAUCCUGUCGCAGGCGGAACACGGGCCCGACUCGCCGUGCGUGAUCCUGACCACCUCCGAGAAAGUGGCCCGGACGGCGAUCGCCUACAUCACCCAGAUCCUGAAAGAGCUCCCCACGGCGGCGCUGGCGGGCGUCUCGUGGGAGCACUGGGGCGAGGCGAUCGUGGCGGAUACAAUGGACGAGGCCUGGCAGAUGGCGGAUGAGAUCGCCAGUGAGCACGUGCAGAUCUUCACGAGGAAUCCGCGCGAUGCGCUGGAGAAGAUGACGGCGUAUGGCGCGCUGUUCUUGGGCGAGCGGACCUGCGUGUCGUAUGGUGAUAAGUGUAUCGGAACCAACCACGUACUCCCUACGAGAAAGGCGGCUCGCUACACUGGAGGUCUCUGGGUUGGGAAGUUCUUGCGGACCAUUACCUACCAGGAGGUCACGUCGGAUGAAGCCAGUGGACAGCUUGGUAAACUCUGUGGUCGCGCAGCGAGGGCGGAGUUUUUUGAGGGACACGCCCGGUCCGGGGACCUGCGAGCUCAUCUGCAUCUGAAAGAAGAGUUCAAGUGGAUUGAGCAGGGGCAUGAGGGCGUGUCUGAAGGAACAGGAGAGGGUUGUCGGGACUGUGCAGUGUAG